AUGGGACCUAUUUGCAGGACUUCUACCUCCGUCGGUGCUGAUCAGACUCCGUCAACCAUGCCGCCAAAUCCUCUAAUCGGAGAAGAUGUCAGGGACAUCUGGGGAUGGGACGGGCCUCAAAAAAUCAGAACUUUCCUCUGGCUACUUGGGAAGAACCGUAUCCUUACAAACGGGGAGCGGAGGAGACACCAUCUCACGAUUGAUGCUUCUUGCCAGCGAUGUGGAGCCUUAGAGGAAACAGCACUUCAUGCUGUUAGAGAUUGCCCGGAGGCGAAACAGGUUUGUUGCAAAUUUGUUACUCCUCACCUCCACUCUGUGUUUUUUGGAUGGGAUCAUCGAAUGUGGGUAACCGGAAACCUCCAGAACUCCCUUCACAUAACUGGGGAGUGGGCCUUACUUUUUGGGGUUGUUGCGUGGAAGCUGUGGCGGUGGAGAAACCUGCUAAUCUUUGAAAAUGAAGUAUUUUUGCUUCCCUAUAAAGUGGGAGAGGUGGUGAAAAAGAUGAGAGAGGUGCAGGAUGCACGUAGGCAUCGGAAUAGAAUGGGGCAACAAUGCAUUUCAAAAGAGAUGUGUAUGCUGUUUUGGAGACUGCCAGUAGAGGGGAAGCUCAAUUUAAACUCAGAUAGAGCGGUGGAUGGGAACACGGGAUGGGCGUCUGCAGGGGGAGCUGAUCAGAGACCACUAUGGUGUAUGAAGGGGGGCUUCAUGAUGAAUAUUGGGUAUUGCUCCAUUACGGGGGCAGAAUUAUUGGGACUCUACCAGGGUCUUAAGUUGGCAUGGGAUUCGGGUUACAGAGAUUUGGAGGCGAACUGUUUUCUGGAUAUUGGAAUGGGAUUUCUGAUGGAUGGCUUUUUAAUAGAGGGGUUGUUAAUGUCUCGAAAAUCUUUAUUCUGCAUUUUCUUGGUGCCUUCACUGUUAUUUGUGGUAUCUUGGUUUUUUGUAUUGCGCUUGAGUGGUAGCCCUCACCUUGUUGAUAUCAACAUAUCUUCAAGGCCUAAGCUUCUUUCUACUACAGAUGCUGACAACUCUGAAUUUAAGGGUAAUGGGUUCUCAACUGAUCAUAGUUACACAGUUAAAGGAAUUGAUAGUAUGAAGGGAAUAAAAUGCACUACUAACAGAGAACCCUUGAAAGUAUUUAUGUAUGAUUUACCUUCUGAAUUUCAUUUCAAACUUCUGGGGUGGAAUGCAAAUGGGAAUAGUGUUUGGCCAGAUAUAAGGUCUAGUGGUAUUCCUGCUUAUCCUGGUGGACUAAACUUGCAGCACAGUAUAGAGUAUUGGUUGACUUUGGAUCUUCUGAGUUCUGAAUUUGCGGGAGAUUUGAGUGGUAGAAGUUCUGUGAGGGUCAAGAAUUCAAGUGAAGCUGAUGUGGUAUUCGUUCCUUUCUUUUCGUCGCUAAGUUUGAACCGGUACUCAAGGUUGAAGCCACAAGAAAAGAAGACAGUAAAUACCUUACUUCAGCAGAAAUUGGUCACCUAUUUAACAUCUCAGAAGGAAUGGAAAAGAUCUGGUGGAAUUGAUCAUGUGGUAGUUGCUCAUCAUCCUAAUAGCCUCUUGGAUGCUAGAUAUCAGCUUUGGCCUGCAAUGUUUAUUCUUUCAGAUUUUGGAAGGUAUCCCCCAACUGUUGCAAAUGUUGAUAAAGAUAUCAUUGCCCCUUAUAAGCAUGUGGUUAGAACCUUUGUCACUGAUGCAUCUGAUUUUGAUAGCCGUCCAACUCUGCUCUUCUUCCAAGGAGCUAUAUACAGAAAAGAUGGUGGAACUAUUCGUCAAGAGUUGUUCUACAUGUUGAAAGACGAGAAAGAUGUGCAUUUCUCGUUUGGUAGUGUCCAGAAAGAUGGGAUCCGAAGUGCUGCACAGGGCAUGCAAUCCUCCAAGUUCUGUCUCAAUAUAGCUGGAGAUACCCCUUCAUCAAACCGACUCUUUGAUGCCAUAGCAAGUCACUGUGUUCCCAUCAUCAUAAGUGAUGAAAUAGAGUUGCCUUACGAAGAUGUUUUGGACUAUUCUGAGUUCUGUAUCUUAAUUCGAACAACAGAUGCUCUCAAAGAAAAGUUUGUCAUAAAUCUUGCUAGGAACAUAGGGAAAGAUCAAUGGACUAGGAUGUGGACAAGGCUAAAGGAGGUUGAGAAUUUCUUCGAGUAUCGCUUUCCAUCAAGAGAGAAUGAUGCAGUUCAAAUGAUAUGGCAAGCCAUUGCACGGAAGGUUCCUGCUAUGAAAAUGAAGUUAAACAAAGCCCGGAGAUACUCACGUACUGAUGUCCCGGCAGAUCAAUGGUUAAAAACACUCCCGUUGCCUUUGCCCAGAAAUUUUUGGUGA